UUUUAAUAUGACGUUACUUUAAGUGAACAAAGGAAACUGUUUCACUAUAAAAAGUAUCGAGUUUAUGAUAAGACUUGACUUAUCAUUCUAAAAAAGCGAAGUACGCAUUUUUUAUUAAAUACGAUUCAAACACUGAUACAUAGAAAAUUAAAAAAUUUGAUGUAAGAAAUGAAUUCAAAAAUUCAAUUCUUCGUACCAUUGUGCGUGUUAUUGAUAUUAAUCACAAGCUCAUCAGUUUCUGGGGAAUUAAAUCCAGAAGCUUUGAUAAAAGUAGCAGAAUAUGCAUGGAAAGCAAUUGAAGCGAUCAUAGGAAAAUAUUCCGAAAUGGAGAAUAAUAAAUUUCAACAAGAUGUAAUUGAUGCGUUGGAUGAAAUCCGCGAAAGUACUGCGAGGAUAGAGUCUUUGAUAACAGACGAAGCUGAUCGCAUUAUUAAAGAACUAUCAGUAGUAAUUAAUAUGAAAAAAGUAAAUGACUUUGUUGAUACUGUAUUCGAAAUAAAUCAGCGAUUUGAGAAAAAAUUUUUGAAAUAUUUUACGGGAAAUGAUACAUAUCAAAAUGAAACCAUUGAAAAUUAUAUUAACGCAACAAUAAAUCCGUCGGAUUUUGGAAAAACUUUGUCUUUGAUACGAAAAUAUACUGUACCAAAUCACUAUAUACCCAACGUAGAAGAUAAACGAGUAUUUGAAAUACUACAUGAUUACAUAAAAAUAAAAGAAAAUCAUGUUCGUGAUUGUAAUGAAGGAGCAUCUGGAUACGAUCUACUAUUUGCAGUUUUUAAUCUUGCAAUAACAGCAUUAUCAAAAGGAUACACUAUGGUAGCCCAUGCUUACAGAUAUCGUCAGUUACACUGCACAGAUCCUAAUGCAUGGAAACCAGAAUUACGUGAUGCUCUAGAUGACUACAAAGAGACAGUGCUUCUGAUUGCAGAAGUCGCUAGGGCUUCUGCGGAAAGAGAAUCUAAAGCAAUUCGUCGUUGUGAUCCUAAGCCAAAUGAAUUCAUAGAAGGUGAAAACUAUGAUAGCUAUCAAUUUUUAACAACAUUUGUAACUGAUCCAUAUAUGUUAGAACAUAAAGAUGACUAUAUUCAUAAAAUUGGCCCACACGGACGCACAGCAGCAUUUUGCGAUGGAAGUAUCUACGAUUGUAUAACUGAUACGUCUAUCUACUCAGCCUGCCUUGCACCUGUCAAUAGUAAAAGACGUUAUAAUUAUGUAACGGAAGUCGGUGGUAAUGGAGUAGUAUAUUACAAGGGCCGUGUAACACCCGAUUGUAAAGGAGAUGAUGGACUAGCUCGUAAUAUAAUGGACGGAAGAAGCUAUUUUGAAAGAUGUCUUUGUCAAGAGCCUCUUUUCAAGGAAAAAGGCGCUCAUUUUAAUAUGACACCGCAGUUUUCCGACUUCAAUAACAAUCGAGUCAUCACAGGAAUCCGUUUGGUUUCAAAGUUAUCAAUAACGUACUUUGUAGUACAAGAAGGAAGACUUGUAAAUGGUUCUAUUGAUAACACAACGGUUAAAUGGAAUGAUGCAGUUACUAAAAAGCUUGAAUAUUAUAAAGAGCGUAAUCUGCUGCCUUCUUACACAACGGAAGAUUUAUAUGCGCUAAGCUAUUCCUAUAGAUCGAUAGAUAUGGACGACAUAAACUUGCCUGCAGGAUGGGUUGCCGUCGGAGUGAAAUUUAAGUUACUGCCAAACCAUCAUUUAUCGUUUGAAGUAGCAGGAAUGAAAAUAUUUGACGAAUUGGGAAAUCGUGUUAUUUCUCGCGAAAUACAUUGGUUUGGGUCAACUGACUAUAACAGAAGUGAAUUACCGACCAGUGAUCUGGACAUUCCAACGAUGAGCAAAAAAGUGAAUCGGGAGCUAAGUGAGUCCGGAAAGAAUUACGUCAAGUUCAAAAUGUCCGGCUGGUGGGUAGAUGUCAGUCAGACAUUGUAUCCUUACAUAGAUUUGCAAAAAGUCACUACAAAACCACCAGCGCCUAUUGGGGGUGUGGGAUUAUGUUACAAAGGUCAAUCGGGAUUCGGAGGAUUCAUUGCGCCGAAGAUUAUAAGCAUGAACAAUACUAUUUUUAUGAGCAAAGAGCAUUUGAAUUAUGUUUUUAAUAGCAGUACAAGUACUUAUUUAAACAGCAAUGCUGAACAUUUUCAUGUGGUACAAGUAUAUUAGUAUACUAUAUUUGAAAAGUUUAAAUGUAAUACAAUAAAUACAGAAUCAUUCUUAUCAUCAAUUUCUACUGUAACUUUUUUUUAAAUAUUUUCAAUAUUUAGUGGCAAAAGUCUCCAAUAAAU